AUGCCGCCAAAGAAACGGCCCUAUGUACCAAAGACGAAGGGUUGCCACGAGUGCUCGAAACGACGCAUUCACUGCGACCGCACCGAGCCUAGCUGCAACAAAUGCGCCUCUCGUGGUCUAAAGUGCAGUGGACUUGGGAUUCGUCAUCGAUUCAACAAGGGUGUUGCUGCGAGGGGCAAGUGGGCUGGAAAGACCAUCGAGAGGGUAUAUGAAGAGAAUUCAUGGAGUCUUACCGGAAACGACAAACAUGACACGAUACCCUCAAAGUCGACUUCCACGGUGAAUCUUGUCCUAUCGGAUAAGACAGGCACGCAGCUUGAUGGCGAGACUGAGGAGCAAGACGAUGACGACAUCGAAUUCAUCAUAUCAGACGUCAAGGAUCUUGUACCUGGAGGAAUUGGUUGGUUAGAGGAUCACACCAAUUUCUGCAGUGUCUUUCUUCAGGAGAUCCCCCAGAGCACACCAGGAUGGAAGAGGAACCUGUUCCUACACUUCUCGCAGUACAUCUCGACCGAGAUGGUCGCCAUCGACGGCGUACUCAACGACUGGCGUCACAUAUUACUCCCUCUAGCCCAGACCGACGAGCUUGUCAUGGACGCCGUCCUCACCGUCUCUGCCUUUCACUUCCAUCUAAACAAGCUGUCCCAUAACCUACACGCCAACAACCAGCAGCACACCAUCUUUGGAGGAAGCUUUGGCAUUCACGACUUUUACGUCCCGGAUCCGUACCAGCUAUGUGGACGCACCCUCCGAGGCCUGCGACAACGACAGGAGCUCGUCAACGCUGACCAAACUGAGAAACACUCGGUUCUGAUAAGUCUCUUGUUGCUUAUCACAGCUGUGUUGGUGACUGGCGGCUCUGACUUUCCGGUGCUGUUCCGGAUGAUGGAGUCAGCGUUUGACGCUAUUGGAGGCAAAGAAGGACUCGGGACUGGGACCUUGGCCGAGUUUAUCAUGCGGGAGCUACACAAACUUCGAGUCUACGCUGCUCCGCACCUCGGCGAAGAAACAGGCCUCGAGAUGAUUUCCUCACAGGCCCGGACUGCCCAGCUAUUCGGAUGCCUAAACCACUGCAUAGACCAGUAUCCCCAGCACUCAUCUCUAUCUUCACAAUUCGCAGAUCUCGUGUACCAGGCGCGAGACAUUUAUCUCCAACAAGUCAUGUCAGACCAGACCUCGGCGUUUUUCAACUUUGAGCCCGUCCCAGGUAACCCAGGCUCCGUGGCCCGCCUCGAAAAAUUCAUCGAGUCGCUCAAGAAAAUUCCACACACGUCUCCCGUGGAGCACAUGCUCAUCUGGACAACAUUCGUGGCGGCUUCAGACGCGCAGCUUGAUGAGCACAAGGCGUUUUUCGAAAAGGUGCUUCGACGGCAUCAUGCGAGAAGUGGAUUUGGGAACUUGCUCAAGGGUAUAGAGUCACUCAAGAAGUUAUGGAGUCGGAAGCCGGGGGAGAGGUGGACUUCUUUGUUACCACAGGAAAAGGUCCUUGUUGCGUGA